UGUCUGCUGUAUGAUAUUGAGUCGAACCCUCACUCUCAGCACAACUCUCCUCAACUCUCUACAACUCUCCUCCACUCGGAACACAACUAUCCUCUUCAGAACCAUGACCUCAAUGGUGGAACAAGCUAAAGACGCAGCAGCAGAGCGCGCUGUUAAAGAGCACGUGUAUGACGGAUGUAGACUAGGAGUGGGUAGUGGCAGUACGGUGGUGUACGCUGUUAAACAUCUGUCUGCCUUGGUUAACAAAUCCGGGUUCAAGGUCACCUGUGUGCCGACUAGUUUCCAGGCAAGACAGUUGAUAAUAGAGAACGGACUGGACCUCUCAGACCUGUCCCAGACCCCAGAGCUUGACAUAGUGAUAGACGGAGCAGAUGAGUGUGAUGCAUCCCUCACCCUCAUAAAGGGAGGGGGCGGCUGUCAGCUUCAGGAGAAGAUUGUAGCUGCGUGUGGCAAGAAAAUGGUGGUGAUCGCUGACUACCGCAAGAAAUCUAAAGAAUUGGGAGACCAGUGGAAGAAAGGGAUACCAAUUGAAGUAGUUCCCAUGGCAUACGUUCCAGUAAUGAACAAACUGAGGAGUUUUGGUUUGGACCCCGUUCUGAGAAUGGCACAGAGCAAAGCAGGUCCUGUUGUAACAGAUAACAGUAACUUUGUGGUGGACGCUAAGUUCACUGGGCCUCACAAUUGGGAUGUUUUAGAGACCAAGUUGUCAAGGACCCCAGGGAUUGUGGAGACUGGUUUAUUUGUUGGGUAUGCUAGUGUGGCUUACUUUGGGAUGGAGGAUGGGUCUGUUUCUGUGCUUCAUAAACCUGCUCUUUAGCUCAUUUCUUAAAGGUUUAAUAGUUUUAUAUUUUUAGUUGACCAUCAUUAUAUUUUUGUUGAUUCUAUUUAAGAUUAUUUUAUAGAUUUAAUUUUAUAAAGAGUAUUAGUUACGUAUGACUGCUUCACGGUUUACUUUAUGUCCCUUGUAUUUGUGUAUAAAUUUUAAACGGUAAAAAAUCUAAGUACAUAUUUUCUUGUUC